AUGAAGGCCCUAAUUCUAGUCGGCGGCUACGGUACUCGCCUUCGACCGUUGACGCUAUCGCUGCCCAAACCUCUGGUAGAAUUCUGCAACAAACCGAUGAUUCUCCACCAGAUUCAAGCGCUCGUCGAUUUUGGCGUCAAGCACGUAAUCCUGGCCGUCAGCUACAGGGCAGAGCUGCUAGAGCACCAAAUAAGAGCAUAUGAAGACAAACUUGGAAUUCGGAUAACAUUCAGCCUGGAAGACGAGCCCCUGGGCACUGCUGGACCAUUGGCGCUGGCAAGCAAGUACCUCAAAGAAGACGAUGCUCCAUUCUUUGUGCUCAACAGCGACAUAAUUUGCGAAUUUCCCUUUGAGGCGCUCUACAACUUUCAUAAGAGCCAUGGGCAUCAAGGCACUUUGGUGGUUACGAAAGUUGAAGAACCAUCCAAGUACGGCGUGGUAGUGUACGACACAAAAGGGCAGAUUUCAAGCUUCGUUGAAAAGCCUUCUGAGUUUGUCUCCAACAAAAUUAACGCUGGCAUCUACAUUUUUGAGACAUCAGUUUUAAACCGCAUUGAGCUUAAACCGACCUCGAUUGAAAAGGAAGUGUUUCCAAAGAUGGCCACUGAUGGUGAGCUAUUUGCGUUUGAGCUGAACGGCUUCUGGAUGGAUGUCGGCCAGCCAAAGGACUUUAUUGUGGGCACUGGCUUGUACCUCAACUCGCUGAAGGCCAAAAGCAUGCUAAACACGCCAAACACCGAGUGCAUUGUGGGAAAUGUGCUGAUUGACCCUACUGCCAAACUGGGCUCCAACUGUCGCAUCGGGCCAAACGUCUCCAUCGGUGCCAAUGUGGUCAUUGAAGACGGCGUUUGCAUAAAGCGGUGCACCAUUAUGGCUGAUUCGGUCGUCAAGUCGCAUUCCUGGCUCGAAUCGUGCAUCAUUGGCUGGAAGUGUCGCAUUGGCAAAUGGGUGAGAAUGGAAAACAACUGCGUUCUCGGCGAAGAUGUUGUCGUCAACGAUGAGCUCUACUUGAACGGAGUGAAGGUUCUGCCAAACAAGGAGCUCUCCAAGUCUGUUGCCGAGCCCAGUGUCAUUAUGUGA